AUGGAUUCUUGCAGUAUAACACCCAGCUGUCAAGAACCCCGUGUCAUAAUAGUGGGUGCUGGUUUAGCUGGGCUAUCGGCAGCUCACCGUCUCGCACAAUGCGGAAUUAGAAAUUUUGUGGUUCUUGAAGCGAAGGAAAGACCAGGCGGCAGGAUUCAUUCUUGUUGGCUCGGAGACGCAGUUAUAGAAAUGGGGGCAGAAUGGAUUUUUGGUGCAUGUUUGCCUAAUACUGUUUACACAUUGGCGUCACAAGAUAGAUUAUUACAAACUCCGCUGCCACGGCUGGAUUCAUCUCGAGGAUUAUUUUGUACUAGUGAAGGAAGAGCUGUUGACUUACCAGUCACAAUUACAGCAUAUCAUACUUUUCGGCAAAUAGAACAACAAGCCGCCAAUUUAUUCAGACUCGGUGGUGAAAGACAACAUGGCACUUUACUAAAUUUUAUGGGUUUACGAAUACAGCAAGAACUUUAUAACUUUCCUGAAGAUCAGCGGUAUGACGCAGCAAGGGUAAUGUUUGGUUUGACCAAUAUAUUAAGAAACAGAUGCGGUGAUGACCUUUCGCUAGUUAGCGCCGAUCAAUAUGGAAGUUAUAUAGAAUUGCCUGGUGGAAAUGUUCGAGUACCUUUAGGUUAUGUAGGGGUUAUGGCGCCCUUACUACGAGGGUUGCCUGAUAAUUCAGUACGUUACAAUAAACCUGUAAAUGUUGUCCGCUGGGGAACUGGUCAAGCAGGAUCGGGGCGUGUCCUUAUCAAAUGCUGUGAUGGUGAAGAAUUAACAGCUGAUUACGUGAUUAUGACGAUGUCACUAGGGUGUCUCAAAUGUCAAGCAGAUAAGCUAUUUGCUCCACCUCUUCCAGUUUGUAAAUUAGACGCUAUCUGUAAUUUAGGUUUUGGUCUCAGUGAUAAAGUUUUCUUAGAAUACGCUGAACCAUUUUGGGUAUGUCAUGAAGGAAGUUUAAAAAUGGCUUGGUCUGCGGAAGAGCUCUGCUGUAGAACUGACUGGACUCGUGGAGUAUGUUCUGUGGACGAAAUGCCUGGCAGUAAACAUGUAUUAUGCGCUUGGGUUUCGGGCCAAGAAGCCGCUAUUAUGGAAUCGAUGCCUGAUAAUGAUGUUGCAGAGGCAUUAACGCAAUUGUUACGUAGAUUUACUGGCAAUCCGUGUUUACCUUAUCCUCAAAUGAUGCUACGAUCUCGAUGGGCAUCAGAUCCACAUUUUUGCGGUUCGUAUUCUUAUAUGAGCUGUUGCUCUACAGUGAGUCAUCAGUGUGAAUUAGGCACGCCUGUACCUGGUCCGUGCGAUCCAUGUCCUCCUAAGUUACUGUUCGCUGGAGAGGCUACAGUACCUGGAUAUUUCGCCACGGCACACGGUGCUCGGUUGAGUGGAAUAAGGGAAGCUGAACGAAUAAUACAACUCACUAAAAAGUUUGAAGGUCCUCCGCGUUAGUAGAUUAUUUAACAGUCUGAUUUACGGUUUACAAAAUGUAUUUGUGAUAUGUUGUUAUAUUUAUUCGUGAACACCUACUUGUAUUUUUUUUUACUUAAUAAAAUCUUUAGUUAUUAUUUGUUUUUUACUAUUCAUUAAUUGUUCUAGUAUUAAUUUUAUAAUUACGAAUGAUGAUAGUUUGUGUUGAUAAAUAUUUUUUUUAAAUGAACUUUAACAUAAAUAUAGGUAGAUUCUUAAAACUAUAUAUGUACUUAAUAAUAUCUGGGAAACGUGAUAAAGAAACAAUUUUCAUAUCUAUACUGAUAUCAUCUACUGUUUCAGAUAAACUUUUAAUUAAGUCGUUAUUUUCAUUGCGCAGAAAGGAUCCCGUACGAAUACGUAUCUAUAUAUUUUUAAAAUCAUAGAUAUAUACAUAUUCCUUUUAUCUAUAGCUAUAUUUAGAACCAUU